CAGUGAUGUGUGGCACAUCUGCCAUCAACCUCGCUAUUCAAAUCUGCCCGGCGAUCUACACCGGAUACAACGAGAGCUUACUGAUCCUCAACCGGAUCCGGGACAACUUGGACUGCGAGGGGACGCUGGACACGUCGGUGGCACCUCCUGUGGUGAGAUUCAGCUUCCCCAUCAGAGAAGGAAACGCCUGCGGGAGUAAUUUCUUGACCACAAGUGCACCAGGGACAGGAAUCUUCUCCGACUUCUCCAACAUCCAGUCGGUCAAUGUCAGUGGCGUGGUGCGAUCCUUCGACCCCACCAUCGGGAGCAUCACCUACAACGCAGAACUCAAGUAUUACUACUCGUGCACUUAUCCACUGGAGUAUCUCAUUAACAACACCCAGGUUGAUGUGUCGUCCUCCUCCAUUGCUUUGAAGGACAACAAUGGAAGCUUCAUCAGCACUCUGAGCAUGGCCUUGUACAAGGAUCAAAAUUACACCACGAGCCUUGUUAUGCCUCCUCUGGGUGUCGAACUGAGAACAAACGUCUACGUGCAGGUUGUUGCAUCCAACCUGACAUCACAGUACUUUGUUCUCCUGGACCGGUGCUACGCCUCAGUGUCUCCGCAGCCCUCCAACUACACCUUCUUCAAUCUCUUUGUCUCGUGCUCCAUAGAUCCGAUGACCACCAUGCUGGAGAACGGGGAUAGCCAAAAGGCCCGCUUCUUCUUCCCGGCGUUCCGCUUUGUCGAGCAGCAGAACCAGACCAUCUCCACCUACUACCUGCACUGCAUUACCCGGCUCUGCGAGCGCAGCACCUGCGACACCUUCAAGCAAUGCAACCGGAAGAGGAGGAGCGUGGAGACCACCGUCUUCCAGGAGAGCAUCACCGAGCCGUCCGUGCUCACGGUGGCUAUAAAGGCCAAGACAGACAGCCCGCUGUCUGGUGGCCAGACCGAUGGCAGGGGGGCAUCUGUUGGCCUGGGAAUUGCUGUGGCCAUCCUCAUCGUGAUAGGCGUGGCCGCCAUUUUGAUGGCGGUAUCUUUUUAUCGAAAACUGAAGCGGCUGAGCUAGCAGCAGCCCAUCAUGCUGAUGGCCGGUGGUCAGCGCAGGCUAGAUGACAUAAUGAGUUUGACAGGGUGACAUUCACAUGCUGGUGGAGGUGCAUAAUGUAUGUACGUAGGACUCUGAUGUACUGAAUCAAACUAUUGAUUGGAGCACUUCAUGUUUCUGCCCGACCCCUUCACAGACUGCUGCAAGUUAUGGAAGGUGACGUCUGUAUAAUGCAUCCAUUAUGGUGAGGAAAGAAAGACAGAAUUCCUCAUAGAAGAGCAAACUGUCGUUCUUCUCCUUUGUUUUUAGUACAAGUAAAAAAAGAAGAAGAUAUAUCGAGUUUAUUUUGAUGAAACACAGACAUGACAGUGGCAUCAAUCUUAUUGUCCAACUCUUGUCACGAAAACAGAUAUGCAUAUUUUCCAAAAUGUUGAACACAGCAAAAAAAGUUAAAAUCUGGUACAAAUUUGGUACAUUGUCGGUAUGUAAAUAUAAUUUGAUUCAAGUACUCAGACUUAUUGUUUAGUCGACCCAACAUCCAUAGAUAAACAUCUGCAUCUGUGUAUGAAUCACAAACACGAAAGACAACUUCCACCUAUUGAUGGGUUUACGAGCAGCGCAUCUUAUUUUUGUCCAAGCCAUGUUGCAUGUUGACGUAGAAACUUUUGUAAUUAGUUCAAUUUUGGAUGCAAAAUGAAUGAGACGUUACUCUGCAGUCUUCUGUCCUUCAUACUACAUGACCUUCUAAAAAAAUAUUAGGUAUCAUAUGCAUAUCAUAUAGCAUAUGCAUCGAUAUUAAGAGAAUGAGCAAGUCAAUGUGAUUAUUUAUUUAUAGAAUUUGCUUGUUUGAAGGAUUUACUCAAGCCUGUAUAAUAUCAGGGGAAUUUAUUUAGUUGUAAUAAAAUGUAAAUGUAAAAAUGUAUCAUCGGCUGUGGCAAAUGUUCUGAGAAAGUUUGUAUAUUUCCACAAAAUGCAUGAUUUCUGCUGUGUAUAU